CCGCGGCGGAAGGAGCGGGGCGGCGGUUGCUGGGUUACCGCGAUGUUCCGCGCCGCUGUGGAGAUCCAGCCCGCCUGCCUCGGGCUGUACUGCGGCAGGACCGUGCUGUCGGUGAACGGCUCCGUGGAGACGUACGGGGACUGCGGGGUGUGUCCUAGAGGCCAAAGAACUGAUGACAACAAAAUCUGCCGGGAAUGUAUGGGAUCUCCAGACCGCUACGACUGGCUGUACCUUGGCUUCAUGGCCAUGUUGCCCCUGGUUUUACACUGGUUCUUUAUUGAGUGGUAUUCUGGAAAGAAGAGCUCCAGCGCGCUGCUGCAGCACCUGACGGCGCUGCUGGAGUGCAGUGUGGCCGCCGUGGUGACGCUGCUGCUCAGUGACCCCGUGGGCUCCCUGCACAUCCGCUCCUGCAGGGUGAAGAAGCUCUCAGACUGGUACACCAUGCUCUACAACCCCAGCCCCGACUACAUCACCACAGUGCACUGCACCCACGAGGCCGUGUACCCCCUGUACACCAUUGUGUUUAUCUAUUAUGCCUUCUGUCUCGUGUUGAUGAUGCUGCUUCGGCCUCUUCUGGUUAAGAAGAUUGCCUGUGGUUUGGGAAGGUCUGACAGAUUUAAAAGCAUUUAUGCAGCACUCUACUUCUUCCCCAUCCUCACUGUGCUGCAGGCCGUGGGAGGAGGCCUCCUCUAUUAUGCCUUCCCAUACAUCAUCCUAGUGCUCUCUUUGGUUACACUGGCUGUGUACAUGUCUGCUUCUGAAGUGGAGGUGCUAGGUAGCAGGCUGGAUGCUAACAGGAUACUGUGCUUAUUUUUCAAGUUUUUCAAGGAUCUGCUCGUGAGGAAGAAAAGGCUCGUUGUCCUCUUCAGCCACUGGUUGCUUCAUGCCUAUGGAAUCAUCUCCAUUUCCAAACUGGAUAAGCUUGAGCAGGACCUGCCUUUGCUUGCCUUGGUACCUGCCCCUGCCCUCUUCUACUUGAUGACAGCAAAGUACACAGAGCCCUCCCGCAUCCUCUCCGAAGGUGGGAAUGGACAUUAAAAGGAGCCUUGUGCCAACAACUCUGUCCCACUGAUCUGAAUGAAGCAAUUUUAGUGCUUGUCACGCUUUGGAAACUUCUGUUUUCAAAAAGAAGUUGUUUAUGUGCCAGACUUCUGGUGAAAUACCUCUAGCUAGGUGAGACUGUAUAAAAUUAAAAAGCUGCACUUUGUAUUCUUCCUGAGUAUCUGGUAUAGAUCAAAAGCAAUGUCUUUUUAUCUAUUUAUCACUGUGAAUCUGUAUAAAAAGCUCGUGACACGUCCUAGUACAAUGGUUUGUUUGUGUAUUGUUCAUUUCCUAAAGCAGUAUUUGAAUAAAACAAUAGAGUCUGGUUUUCAA